GAAUGUGGCGCCUGAAUGGAACUGCUGCACCAUUUAAGGUGGAACGGGAAAAUUCGAACAAGUCGCUGGCGAAUAGGAAGCCGAGCUCAGCCCCGUCAGAGCGGGGGAGCCUGCCUGUAGUCCGUGAGCCACUCAGUGGUUAACCUAGCCAGGCUUACUCGGGAGUCCGAGAUUGAUUUGUACGUGUGGGGGCGAUGAGACGUGUCCACCAGCUGCUGUAACCUAGUGGCCAGCUUAGAGAGCGACUUUCACCACAGCAGAACGGCUUUCUGGAGUGUUUUGCUGGUUGGUCAAACUGGGAAAGCCGGGCUCGGGCACCCAGCGCUGCCCGGGUUGAUCCCUGUGGGAUAACGCUAAGUUAACUGUAACUCACAUGUAGCGUUAGUUGUGAACCGGGAUGGUAGGUUAGGCAGCUAGAGGCUAAAAGUCGCGGUGGAGGAUUUUCCAGCUUUUCCAAACUUCCCAAGUCGGAUUUGAUGUGUUUAUUCGCCGUGGGAAAAGCGGAAAAUCUCCGCUUCUUCUGAUGGGAGACUUUCAGGAACUGAGGGAAAGUUUUUAACGGUCGUUAGCCUCGUUAGCAUCCGCGGCGACCGGGUUAUUUAUUCACUCGUGUUUAUUUUUUCUUUCAUUAACGUUUCCUCUCGGGCGACUGGAUUAGAGGAACGCUAAAAGCCCACAGCUGCUGUUUCCCCUCUUGUGGAGGGAUAUCCGCGGGGUAGUUCUGUGUGUCGAGCCCUGCCACGAUGGCAGGCGGCGUCGGCGGCGGCGCGUCCCCGCUGGGAUCGGCGGCUCCUCCGCUGUGGUAUCACCGGGAUUUGAGUCGCGCUGCGGCCGAGGAGCUGCUCGCCAGAGCCGGGAGAGACGGCAGCUUUCUGGUGCGGGACAGCGAGAGCGUUAACGGGGCCUAUGCCCUCUGCGUGCUAUUUCAGAAGCAUGUUCACACAUACAGGAUUCUACCAGAUGAGGAGAAUUUUCUGGCAGUGCAGACCUCUCAGGGUGUGCAGCCAAAGAGGUUUAAGACUCUUCCAGAGCUGAUCCAGCUGUACCUUCAGCCCAACCAGGGGCUCGUCACCACUCUGCUGCUGCCUGUGGAGAGAGAGGAGAGUGCCGAGGAGAGAGACUACUCAGAUGGAGAGGAUGAUAAACCCCCCCUUCCCCCUCGUACAGGCUCCGGUGGCCUCUCCCUCCCCAGUACAGACACGCCUCCGGAGAGUGCUCCUGUAGGGAAUGGAUUGAGCACUAUCUCUCAUGAGUAUCUGAAGGGCAGCUAUGCUCUGGAUCUGGAGGCAGUGAAGCAGGGCGCCAGCAGCCUGCCGCACCUCAACAAGACUCUGGUGUCGUCCUGCAAGCGCCUGCACGGAGAGGUGGAUAAGGUUUUGUCUGGCCUGGAGAUCCUCUCUAAAGUCUUCGAUCAGCAGAGUGCCUCUAUGGUGUCCAGAAUGAUUCAGCAGUCUGUAAGUCAGGGUGGAGAUCAAGAGCUGGAGCAUCUGGUCACUAAACUGGCCAUUCUCAAAGACCUUCUGUCCUCCAUAGAGAAGAAGGCUCUGAAAGCUCUGCAGGAUAUGAGUGUGGCUGUUCCCUCCAUCCCCCUGUCCACACGCCACAGCAAGGCCAUUCCUGUCCAGGCUUUCGAGGUGAAGCUGGACGUGUACCUGGCCGAUCUCACUAAGAUCGGGAAGAGCCAGAAACACACACUCAGCGUGGAUGUGGAGGGAGGGAAGCUGGUGGUGAUGAAGAAGAUGAAGGACUCUCAGGAGGACUGGACCAACUUCACCCAUGAUAAGAUUCGGCAGCUGAUAAAGUCCCAGAGGAUGCCAAAUAAGCUGGGUAUCGUGUUUGAGAAGGAGAAGGACAAGAGCCAGAGGAAGGACUUCAUCUUUGCGAGCGCUAAAAAAAGGGAAGCAUUCUGCCAACUCUUGCAGCUGAUGAAGAACAAGCAUUCCAACCAAGACGAGCCUGACAUGAUCUCCGUAUUCAUAGGGACAUGGAACAUGGGCAGUGUUCCUCCUCCUAAGGCGUUAGGCUCGUGGCUUUUGUCUCGAGGUUUGGGAAAAACUCUGGAUGAGAUGACUGUCACGAUUCCUCACGACAUCUAUGUGUUCGGAGCCCAAGAGAACUCCGUCUGUGAUAAAGAGUGGGUGGAGAACCUCCGAGCUGCUCUGAAAGACUACACUGAGAUCGACUAUAAACCGGUGGCUGUGCAAACUCUGUGGAACAUAAAGAUUGUGGUUCUGGUGAAACCGGAACACGAGAACCGAAUCAGUCAUGUGGGAAUGUCCAGCGUCAAAACAGGAAUUGCCAACACUCUGGGCAACAAAGGAGCCGUGGGCGUGUCCUUCAUGUUUAAUGGGACAUCGUUUGGCUUUGUUAACUGUCACCUGACAUCUGGAAAUGAGAAAAUCCAUAGGCGGAAUCAGAACUACUUGGAUAUCCUGCGGCAGCUCUCAUUGGGCGAUAAGCAGCUGAGCUCAUUCGACAUCUCUCUGCGCUUUACACACCUGUUUUGGUUUGGAGACCUCAACUACAGACUGGAUAUGGACAUACAGGAAAUCCUAAACUACAUAAACAGGAAGGAGUUUGAGCCACUGCUGAAAGUGGACCAGCUAAAUCUGGAGAGGGAGAAGAACAAGGUCUUCCUUCGCUUCGCUGAGGAGGAGAUCACGUAUCCCCCCACCUACCGGUACGAGAGAGGCUCCCGGGACACAUACGUCUGGCAGAAGCAGAAAGCCACAGGGAUGAGGACGAACGUGCCGUCGUGGUGUGACCGAAUCCUAUGGAAAUCUUACCCAGAAACGCACAUCGUCUGCAACUCCUACGGCUGCACGGAUGAUAUUGUCACCAGUGACCACUCGCCUGUGUUCGCUACGUUUGAAGUGGGUGUCACGUCACAGUUCGUCUCCAAAAAGGGUUUGCCGAAGUCGUCAGAGCAGGCGUAUAUAGAGUUUGAGAAUAUUGAAGCCAUAGUUAAGACGGCCAGCAGAACCAAAUUUUUCAUAGAGUUCUACUCUACCUGCUUGGAAGAGUUCAAGAAGAGCUAUGAGAACGACACUCAGAGCAGUGAUAAUAUAAACUUCCUGCGUGUGGGCUGGUCUUCGAAGCAGCUCACCACUCUGAAGCCCAUCCUCUCCGAUAUAGAGUAUCUUCAGGACCAGCAUUUGCUGCUUACCGUCAAGUCUCUGGAUGGAUAUGAGUCCUACGGAGAAUGUGUGCUGGCCUUGAAGUCAAUGAUUGGGAGCACAGCGCAGCAGUUUCACACGUACCUGUCUCACCGGGGAGAAGAAACGGGGAACAUCCGCGGCUCCAUGAGAGUCCGAGUGCCCUCAGAGAGAAUGGGAACCAGAGAGAGGCUCUAUGAGUGGAUCAGUGUGGAUAAGGACGAGACUGGAGGUCCCAAAGGGAAAACUAUGCCCCCUAGAGCCGGACAUGAUUACGUCAAGCCCUCUCUGAACAGAAAGGAGCUGAGUAAAGUUUCAGAGGAGGGAGAGAGAAACGCUUCAGGACGAUCUGCGUUCACACACGGCUCCACCAAAGAAGAUAAUACACAGACGAGGUUGAAGCAGGACUCCAGCGAUGGAGACGCCUCCACUUGCAAAAACAGUUUCAACAACCCUGCCUACUACAUCCUGGAGGGCGUUCCGAACCAGUCAGCCGCCCUGGCCACAGACCUGCUCCCAGGCUCCGCUCACCCUCCUACGGCAGGGAAAUCGGGACCACCUGCUAGCGCAGCAACGAAGGGCAAGCCCCCGAGUGGAAGCUCCAUCCAGACGCGCAGACAGACAGGCGGACGGCCCGUGCGACCAAUCAGUGAGGAAAUGUCAUCCGAGGAUGAUGUAAACCCAGGGGUACAUGCUGCCGGCUCAUUGAACCGCCCGCCCCCCGACUUCCCACCCCCUCCGCUCCCCAAAGGCGCCCUUGAGUUGUCCGAUGCCUCCUUUUUCCCACCUACAAAAGAGAGCAAACCUCGACUGCACCCAGACUUGGCAGACAUCAAGAUCCCACCGCCAGCGGCCGUCACCUCCAAACCUCUCUCUUCCCCCAGCUUUGCCCCGCCCCCAGGAGGAGGUGGAGCCUUCUGCCUGGACCCUCAGCCAUCCAUAUUGAACCCAGGCCCCUCCCCUUUCAGACGAGGGGGCAGUGCUUCAGGAGUGGACGAUCAGUCGUGCUCUGUGCUGCAUUUGGCCAAGAAGCUGAGUGAGGUGGAGUAUCCAGCUGGGCAGGAGCGGGGGCCUGGAGGAGCGAUGCUGAAAGGAGGCGCCACCUCCCACCUACGAGGAAUGGGCCUGGGGGAAGCGAGCCGCACUUUCCCUCCUCGGUCCAUCCAGGAGGAAAGCAUCGCAGAGGACCUGCCAGAGGAGGGCAUGUGGCAGGGUGGCAGCAGUAGCAGCAGCCUCUCUGUGGAGUCCAGUGUUGGUGAGUGGCUGCAGAGGCUGGGGCUUGAGCGUUAUGAGGAGGGGCUGCUACGGAACGGCUGGGACGACCUCGAGUUCCUCAGUGAUAUCACAGAGGAGGACCUGGAGGAGGCGGGAGUGCUAGACCCCGCCCACAAGAAGAUCUUAUUGGCCAGCCUAAGACAACAGCAGCAGAAGUGAGCUGAGCCAAGCCCAUCUGGUCCAAACUGGACCACCCCAGUCCAAACUGUGCCUUCUCAGAAAAUCUUGCACUGCUAAUUGGAGUUGUAAGUUAUCCUUGUCCUUCAGCGGGUCGGCGGAGUCGCUGACGUUUUAAAACAGGUUAAAAAAAGAAAACAAGAAGCACUCCGUCGCUACAGGCCUCUCCUCACGUCCUGAGAAAACGCCUGCGAGGAAGAGAGACCGUCAGCGCGUGCCUGAGAACUUCACGUACACGGGCUUCAUUCACAUUCCUUGCCUUUUUCUCCGGCAGGCAGUUGGCUCAGUUAGUUUGUUAUUAGCGUUAUGUUAAUUAUUGAUAACAUGCAUGUUUUAGUCUUUUUUAAAAGGGAAGUAAGAAUAAGAAUGGAAUAAGCCAAAAUCAGUGCAGACUGGUUAGAACUAGUUUAUGAACUUUCAGAAAGUCAUUAUGUGUGUGUGAGCUUGUAUGACAGACAGUGAGUGUGUGUGUGGACACCAGGGACACUCGCGUCGUUUUAUUCAUGAUUUUUCAUCGUCUUUCCGUACAGUACUGAGUCAGAGACUACACUUCAUUUAUUUAUGUUCAUUCCCAGUCAGAUCAGCCAUCAAGUACACAUCAGUUAUUUUUCAGCACCAGGAAAAAAGCAGGUAAAUGGAAAAUUGCACAGAAGCCUCAACAAGUUUGUAUUUAGUGUGUCCGAUUUUGCCUUAAUUACAGUUUCCAUUCUUUUUCUCAGACUUGCUUUGUUUUUCAUAGAAACUAUUCUUUUCAAAGUUCAGUCUUAGAAGUUGGUUUUGCAUUUUCUGCUUCCAAGUAACCACAAACACAUUCAGUGAUGGGGCGGUCUGGCCACUGGGGUGGUCAGUCCAUCGUUCUGAGAACACUAGCAGUUUCUUUGCGUCUUCUUUUGUGUCGGUUUUCUCAGUGAGGCUCUUCUUGAUCAGCUACACAUCCUUUCAGACCCACAGCGCUGAGUCGUCUUCUCACAGUGGAAGGAUGGACAGAAACACCUGUGGAUGUUUUCAGAUCUGAUCAGCUUG